AUGCACAUUCUGAACUUGGGCACUCUCCAAGCGGAUGAAUCAUGGAUCUUUCGAGGUGGCAAUGCAAGCUCUUUGAGCAACCUAAAUCCAGUGAACAAACGUCGAGAUUUAGUGCUCCUUUCCGCUCUCAUUGAAUAUCCGGGAGUUGGCCUCAUUCUUUAUGAGACUGGCUGUGCUGAGGAUUUGGAAGUGAAAUGGCCAGCGCCAGUCACAGAUGUCUUUCCGCGAAUUGAAUACUCGGACAAUCAUAAACUCCCGAAUGCUAUCAAAGCCACCGGAAACGACAUCAAGGAUGUGAAAGCGGUUAUCAUUGGCCACCUACACCUUGAUCAUGCCGGAGGACUUGAGCAUUUUGCGAAGACAGAUGUCCCAAUCUACGUUCACGAAGAAGAGUUCAAGCACGCUUGCUGGGCGGUAGCAACCGGGGCAGACUUGGGCGUCUAUCUAGGACACUAUAUGUUGCUCGAAGAGCUGAAAUGGAACACCUUCAACGAGUCACACCUUGACCUUUUUCAAGGCAUAACCCUCCACCAUUCACCUGGUCACACACCUGGACUUUGCAUUAUGCAAGUCAAUCUUGCCAACGAUGGGCCAUUUAUUUGGACCACGGACCAGUUCCACGUGGCAGAGAACUAUGAGCUGGGUCAUCCUCACGGGGGAUUAGCUAGGGAUCACAAUGCAUGGUAUCGCAGUCUCAACAUGAUCCGCAGACUUCAAAGACUGUACAACGCAACAUUGAUUUUCGGUCAUGACAAGGAGGUUGCCCUCCGACUUAAAGAGGCAAAGCCAUACUAUGAGUGA